AUGGUCUUUGCGAACAUUUUGGAGAUGUUCUUGUGCAGAUGCUUCCAGUCUCUGGCGCCAGGAAUUCUGGAAGAGUACUUCGGUAAGGCCAAAUACCCAGCAACUAGCUUGAACGUCGUCCCACCUCUGCUGCAAGAGAUCUCACUUGCCCCUAGUCGACGAACAACAAGCCAUAUAUCCGACAUGGCCAACAAAUUCUUUGGACGACACAUUUACAUCAACCCAGAGAAUAAGAAGGUUGACGACGAUUUGAAAAUCUUCCUAGACGGUGGUUAUAUCCUGGAUGACGGUUCAUGUUCCAACAUCUUUCCACCUACUACAGUAAAACGUUCAAGAGCGUCGUCUAGCGACGGGUCUGAGCCCGAGCAGCCCCGUGGUAAGAAAUACUCAGAAUAA